AUGCACACCGGAGGAUACCAGCCAGUGAUUGUGUUAUUGGGAGGGGGCCAUGCCGCUGGCAAGAGUACUACAGCAAGAGCCAUUAAAGAUGAGCUUUUGUCCGUCCUACCCGAGGGCUCUGCCGAGGUGCGUAUAGUAGACAUGUCAGAAUAUGCCGACCAAGCUGGAUCAUCUAUAGAUACUUCUCAAUUCAUCAGUUCAAAAUCGACGGCUAUAACAGUUAGCAAGCGCGGUAAGGGAAAAGACGGCAAUGAUGUCGAGGAUGAGCAUAAUUACCCUAUCCUCAAGCCAUCCAGGUUCAACUUUCAAAAAUUAAAGAUAGAUCUUAACGAGUGCAUUAAAAAGGCGAAGGAGCCGCCGAUGCCAUUGUCAUCUUCACCAUCUAAAGCUGCAUCUACUUCUGGCUCUACUUCUGGCUCUACUUUUGGCUCUACUUCUCUUGCCACCGCAUCAGCAUGUUCAUCAUCUUCAUCUUCAUCUUCAUCGUCAUCGCAACCACAGCAGAUUAUAAUUGUCCAUGGACUAUAUGCUUUAUACGACAAAGAGUUGCGAGAUAUGGCUCAAAUCAAGGUUUUCAUUGACAGUGAUGCCGAUACAAGGUUGAUCAGAUGGAUCAAGAGGGAUGUUUUGGGGACAAAAUCAAACACACUUGAAGAAGUCAUCAACACUUAUUUGCUUGGCGCCAGAAUUGAAAUGAGUGACUAUAUUGUUCCAACAAAAGAAUUUGCAGACAUAGUUAUGCCGCGAGGUGCCGAGCCCAACGCCGUGCGGUUGGUUAUUGAUGGAAUCCUACUACACAAAGGAGAAAAAUUGACUUCUAUAAGUGCCCACCGACAAAGUUUUUCUGAUAGUCACUUGCGGCCUUCAAGAUUUUUUGAAAAGGAACGAUUUGAUGUGCAAAAGAAUAAAUUUUAUCAGCUUAAUUAG